AUGACUAUAUCCAUAAAGGAUACAGUUUAUGAAUUAUUCAAAAAAGAACAAGAUUUCAGUUCUCAAGAAGGCAUUAUCACACAACUACCGCUGAAUUAUAUUUUCCCCUAUGCUGUGGGACCUGAGAACAAGUUUGGUAAAAAUAUUAAAAUAAUAAAAGAUGUCCUAGGAAACAUAAACUAUAUUAUGGACUGUUUAAUUACGAAGGUUAUUCAUAAACUAGAUUAUAUUUUAUUAAAUAUUGUUUCGUUAUUAGCUGCUAAUAUUAGUGUUGGUGAAGAUUGCUACUAUUAUGAAGAACUUUUAGAAACUUUAGAAACUUAA